CAGAACAACAUAAUAAAAUAAAUAAAAAUUUUAAAUUACAUCUAAAAAUAGUUUGUAUAAAAUUAUAUUUGAAGAAACAAAUGAGACUUGAAAAUGGAUGAUAACAAAAGCGCAUCAACUUCUAAAUCACAGCCAAUGACAGAAGAAGAACGAUUGAAAUUGGCUGAAAAAUUAGACGCGGAAUUAGAUGAAUUUAUUAAUGGUUUAGAGAAAAAACCGUAUACUGAUGGCUGGACUGAGGAAAAUUGGCAAGAGGAAUUUGAAAAACAUCCAUUUUUCAUGAAAAAUGCUCCCACUGGAAAUGAAGAACUUUCACCUCUCAUGGAAGGGUUACAAAAAUUGAAAUAUGAUCCAGAAGAAAAUACUCCCGCAGAAUUAGCCCAAGCUUACAAAGAGGACGGUAAUUUUAAUUUUAAAUAUAAAAAAUAUCGUUUGGCUAUACUUGCAUACACAGAAGGCCUAAGAGCAAAAAGUGGAAAUGAUGAAAUUGAUUCAACUUUAUACAAUAAUCGGGCUGCUUGUCAUUAUUUUUUACAAAAUUAUCGUUCCAGUUUAAGAGAUUGUCAGCAAGCGUUAAAAUUAAAGCCAGGCUAUACAAAAGCUAUCAUACGUGCAGCAAAUUGUGCGUAUAAGAUAAAUCAAUAUGAUCGCUGUAUUGAAUACUGUGAUGAAAUUUUAUUGGGAGCACCGGAAAAUAAGGAAAUUUUGGAUUUACGUCAUAAAGCGAUUAGUGAUAAGAAAUUAUUCGAAAGAGAUAUACGUAAAAAACAAGCUUUAGAGAAAUCUCGAAAACUUGAAGAAACUAAAUUAUUAAACGAAAUUGAAAAACGUGGAUUUAAGAUUGAAAGCACUAAAGGCACUAAAAUAUUUAAUUUAGCUGAACUAGAACCAACAUUUCCAGAAAUUGCUCAACAUCGUGUAUAUAUUAAUAACGAAGACAAUUUAGUUUGGCCUGUAAUUUUAUUAUAUCCUGAAUUUAAAACUAUGGAUUUUAUUCAAGAAUUUAAUGAAACAUCAACGUUUGAAGAUCAUCUGUCAGAAAUUUUAAUCAUUCCACCAGAAUGGGAUUAUGAUCGAAAAUAUCAUCUAAAUAAUAUUCGAAUUUAUUUUGAAAAUAAAGCGAAACAAAAAAUGAUCCAUGUUGAUUUGAAAAAAACGUUAAAGGCGGUUUUAUUGCACAAAGAGUACAUUAUUACGGGUGGAGUACCGUCUUUUUUGAUAUUUGUUAAAGAUUCGCCAGCUGAGAAAAAGUAUUUAGAAAAUAAUUAAAUUAAAAAUCUUCAAAAUUCCAACAACAACAAAUUGUAGAUACAAAAUUUAUAAUUUACACAAGACGUGACUUGAAAAUGUGGGGAAAUUUUUAAGUGUGAUUCUUUAGAUCAAAUUUUUCAGAUUACAGAGUUUAUAAUCCGUACUAAUCCUCAUUCACACUCUCGCGGAGUAUCCUCGCCAAAGUUAGUCGAAGUGAACACUCUCGUCUAACUUUGCAAGUAUCUCAUUUCUGCGGCUGACAUCGAAGUGAAAACCGCUGCUACGGUAGCUCAAGUAAUCACGAGAAUGUGGAGAUGAUACUUGCCUGUAUAAUGCUCCAUAUUCUCGUUUUUCGUCCGAUUUCCUGCUACUUCGAUAAAGUGUGGAGGAGGCAUGAGAUUAUUGCUACCCAAAUCGAUUUUGUUUAAAAAUUGUGCAGGUCAAUUAGUCAAUUUUUGAAGAAAAUCCAUUGUAAAAUUAUAAUAAAUGAUGAUAAAAAAAGUCGCACUGUGGAUUUUUCCCGUAUUUUUAAGUGACACCAAUUUUCCUGCAGCUUUGAACGUUUAGAUCACAAAAAUAAAUUGUAUA